GUCAGACUUCAGUUCGAAAUGUUACAGAAUAUAUUGGUUUGUUUAGCGUUUGCUGUUGUAGUUUCCGCCGCUGGAAAUGUUUGUAAAACCGGAAAGGCAAUCAACAAGCCCGUUAUUGAUGGUACGCCUGUUUAUUGGCCAGCUUCUUGGACCGAAACUCAACCGGCUCCUCAGUUGGAAAAGGGGCAGUCGUGUAGUUGGAUUGUAACGAUUCCUCAUGGAUAUUAUGCAAAACUAAUUAUCAGUGGAAAGACAACGGACAAGGAUUCACGAUUUCAGACUGUGGAUGCUGCAGGAAAUCUUAUUCAAACAACCCAAGAAAACAUGGAACCCUAUUACUUCCCUGCCUCAAAGUUCACCAUCGCUGUCACUAACGAAGGAUCUGCUACGUUUGCAUUCAAAGUCGUAUGGUGGCCACUUCCAUCAUCACAAUUUGUUGGUCUUGUUGGAACUACUGGACUGGUUGUCAACGCCACAGAAACUGUUUCUGCUAUGGGAUUCUAUAUUCCAGGUGGACUUACUUUGUUAUCAUUUCCCGAAGAUUUGAAAAACUAUAUUUCACUGAGAAGCACAUUGAUUUUUGAAGGGAAAAAUAUGGACUCUGCCAAUUAUAUCGCAAGUCUCUACCAGCUAUACCAGAAAAAAGUUCAAUGGAGAACUAUCCAACAGAAUAUUAAUAUAGUCAACUUGGAAGCUAGUCGUUCCAAUAAUAAAGUUCUUCUUCAAGGAUCCCAGUAUUUGACUGGAAUUGAUGAGAUAGUUGAACUCCACCCGCAACCUAACUCGAUCUAUAACGGAACUUUGAACGGAGGGACAAAGAUGUCUUCACUUGUUGCAGUGUCUGAUCUCAAAUUGCAAAUGAUUGAUGCUCAGAUGGAAGAUGCCUCUACCGUUACAGUUUACUAUGGUUCUCCAGACGUGUUCACUCUCGAUAAAACUUACACCAAAGGACAGCUGGUAAAAGCACUCCCACUAACGUUCAAUGGACAUUUUGUGCAGUUUGUUGUCAGUAAAGGCAAGGCUGUAUUCACGUUCAAAAGUUAAUUCAUAUUGUUUUUGAAUAAAGAUUUACACUUUUAAA